AUGGUGCUUGUAUCACCAAGCGGUCAUCAAAUCUCGUUGUUUCCAAAGCGAUCCAGCAACAAAGCUGAUCCUACUAGGCGUCGAAAUCAUGUUUGUCCGCAUAAAAAUUGUGAUAAGACUUACCUGAAAAGUUCUCACUUAAAAGCUCAUAUCAGAACUCAUACAGGCGAAAAACCUUUUGUUUGCUGUUGGGAAGGUUGUAACAGACGCUUCGCUAGGUCUGAUGAAUUAGCUCGCCACAGAAGGACUCAUACUGGUGAAAAGAAUUACAUAUGUCCUUUAUGUAGUCGACGUUUCAUGAGAAGUGAUCAUCUCACAAAGCACGCACGACGUCAUUUAGCUGCAAAGAAAUUGCCACUGUGGCAAGCAGAAGUGAAUAAGCUAAAUAAUGUAGCUUCUUCUGCUGGUAUGAUUAAUAAAUAUGUCUCUGGAAUCGUUUCAUAA